UUUCCUAUGAAAAGGACAGAAUAUGACACAGGCACAACCCCAGCCUAGUAGCGGGCAUGUGUAAAGAUUACGCAAGACCUCAUUCUGGGAUGGGCUAGAUUGAACUCUCACACGACUUUUCUUCCGUAAGAUGCAAUUCUGGCACCACUUUCUCCUCGCAAGAGCAGUGCUAAUGGCUUCCCGCGUUCAAAUCCUCACGAAAGAGCAAGCCUGCCCCGGAAGAACCGAAGCAAUCAAAGUUUCAGGAAAACAUCAUGUCAAUGGAAAUAGGACAGUUGAACCAUUCCCUGAGGGAUUACAGAUGGCCAUGUUUGGCAUGGGCUGUUUCUGGGGUGCUGAGAGAAAAUUCUGGGUUCAGAAAGGUGUCUAUUCCACUCAAGUUGGAUAUGCUGGUGGAUUAACUCCAAACCCAAGCUAUAAGGAGGUCUGCUCAGAGAAAGGAAUGACUGGCCACGCAGAAGUAGUGCGAGUUGUAUAUCAGCCAGACAAAAUCUGCUUUGAAAAAUUGCUCAAGGUCUUCUGGGAGAGCCAUGACCCAACACAAGGUAUGCGACAAGGAAAUGAUGUUGGCACUCAGUACCGGUCGGUCAUUUAUCCGUACACGAAGGAGCAGAUGGCUGCGGCUCUGAAAUCCAAAGAGGUCUAUCAGGAGGAGUUGAAUAGAAAACGAUAUGAUGAAAUCACCACUGAGAUCCGUGAAGGUCAGACUUUCUACUUUGCCGAAGAAUACCAUCAGCAAUACCUGAAUAAGAACCCAGGCGGUUAUUGUGGACUACGUGGCACUGGGAUAUCAUGUCCAAUAGGAAUUUAGAAGUAAGAUGUGGUCCCAAAAUAAACACUAUACUUUACCACCGAUGACCUAUUUCCCAGAUAACAGGGUAGGUUUUUGCUUUCAACAGUAGGGGGAGAAAAUGCUGAUAAGAGCAGAUUGGCUGCCUGCUAUAUAUUCAUUUCCCAAAAUAGCUGAAAUAAUGAAUGUCCACCACACUGUGUGGAAAUUCAUAACUAGUAGUUCCAAUAAGAACUAAGAUUUCAGUAAGUUGCGACCUGCUUGCAGUUAUGAAUUUUCCACCGAAACAUAUUUACAUAUCGAUUAGUGGGGGUAGGAUUCAAAAAAAUAUUUUUUCAUCAAAGUGUGUAUUUUCUUUUGGUGUUUCUUUCCCCUCUCUCAUUAUCCCUGGCAAUGAUCAAAAUGAAACUUGGUUGCUAUCCCACAAAGGCAAUAAAUGAUCUGACAUUAAUUGAAAUGACAAAGAUUCUUUCAAUGUCCCACCUCAAAUAAAAUCAUAAAUAUGGUCAUCAAUCUGUUACAAGUAUGGUCAAAGGAAGAUUUAGGAUAAAAUGCAAUUGUUGCAAGCUUUUUGUAAUGAGUUAUUAUAAUGUGAAUUAUUAUUAUGUAUUAUUAAGUACAAAGUGACUUCUCUGUCAUAAAAAUCUCAGAACAUAAAAAUAAGAAAAAUCAACAAUUGAAUAAUUUGAAAAAUACUGCUCUAAAGAUAAUUAAAAAUACUGCACUAAGGAUAAUUUUAAAUACCUUUUUGCCCUGACAACGCUUAGAUGAUUCAAAUUUGUGCAGUGUUUGAUCAUUAAAAAUAAUAUUUUCCACACAGAUACUAACAAACUCCCCAAAAUAGGAAAAGUUUUACUGGCAGUACCUCUCAAGUCAAUCCAACCCUUCAUGAAAAAUACCAUGAAGCAAAAAAAAAGCACCACUGGUUGCAGGAGCAAUUAAUGUCGUUGCACCAUUUGAGUGCCAUUAAACUGCAUGAGUGCUUUGAACCUAGGGCCUUACACAGUUUCAUUUCAGCAGCCAGAUAACAAAAUAUUUUGUGCAGUAUCAUCUCCAGUCGAUACAUGUAGCUCGCUCACUGCUGUGUAGUUUUGUUAGUGACUUGAAAUUUACCAAAGAGCAACUUUCUUCAACUUUCUUUUCUGCUGUGAUAGCAAUUGCCAAUCAUUGUGGAUUUCUAACAGACCCAAUAAACAUUUCUACUGCAGACAAUAUUUUGCAUGU